ACCAAGGGUUGACAACCCCUGAUGUCGUGGUUCACUUGCGGCGUUGUUCUAUUCCAGUUAUCUGUGAUUUGGGUGUUGUCCGCCUGUUCCUUAUUUGUAUAGUGUUCUCUAGUAAUUGUGUUCAGAUUUCCAACUUGUUUGGACCUGUUUAAUCUUUUGGGCACACAUUAUUUCUAUUUCCUCAGGCAGUAUGUGUGUCAAUUUGACCUUCGUUGAUUGCCGUCGUUGAUUUGUCUUUUAAGGACACGUGACAAAGACAUUGGGAAGUUGCACUUAUGUUUCGCACUUCUAAGUUACUUUCACUCGGUUGUUUUGUUACCGCGUCAGUAAUCGAGCGGUUGAUGACCUCCAAACUUUGUUCGAACAGUCCACCAUGGCUUUAUGUGUCAAGCUAGGUGUAGCCGUGCUUGUGGCUUCAGCAUUUUACACAUUCUCCGAUUUGGGUCUCAUUCUCGACAGCAAACUGGUUCGAAUUGGCAAGUCCAGCCCCCGGGAUGUACUCGAAUCACCACGAGUCAGUGACGUGCGAGUCCAGGCCUCCCGGUGCCUCAUGUCCCCGGAGAGACGCUUCGACUGUGCCCGGGACCGAGCGCUCACGAGGCGACAGUGUGAAGAGCGGGGUUGCUGUUACUUUCCUCUCAACGCCUCGUCAAAAGCUCCGUUGUGCUUCUACCCUCAUUCGUACCCGGGCUACAAAAUGGGCGACCUGACGCCCACUGCACGAGGCCAAGCUGCCACUUUGACCCGCGCCUCCCCGUCUUACCUGCCCCAAGAUGUGGCCACUCUUCACCUGGAAGAAAGCCAAGAGUCCGCAGGGUGCCUGCGCCUCAUUUUGAAGGAUCGAUGGUCAGACCGGUAUGAAGUUGAACUCCCCACCAGAGUGCCUCAGGGCAAAAUUAGUCGCCAAGAUGCCUUGUACGCCAUUGAGUACCAGUCCAACCCAUUUGGAUUCAUUGUGAGACGCGUAUCCAAUGGAAGGGUCAUUAUGAAUAGCACGGUGGCUCCUCUGCUUUUUGCCGACCAGUACCUGCAGCUGUCCACCACUCUGGCCUCGUCUCUAGUGUCAGGCCUCGGGGAGCAUUACACGUCUCUCAGCCUGGACCUUAACUGGACCUCCCUGACGCUCUGGAACAGGGACAUGGCUCCUCACGCUGGUGCAAACCUCUACGGCUCGCACCCGUUCUACGUGGUCCAGGAAGGGGACGGACUGGCGCAUGGGGUCUUCCUUAUCAACAGCAAUGCCAUCGAAGUGAUCUUGCAGCCACUGCCGGCUCUCACGUGGGUGACCACGGGCGGAAUCCUUGACCUGUACGUCUUCAUGGGUCCCGACGCUCAGACCGUCAUACGACAAUACCUGCAAGUCAUUGGUUAUCCGGCGAUGCCUCCGUAUUGGUCACUGGGCUUCCACCUGUGUCGCUGGGGCUACAAUACCACGAAUGUCACCCGGCAGGUGGCUCAGCGGAUGCACGACGCUAACUUCCCCAUGGAUGUGCAGUGGAAUGACCUGGACUACGCAAACAAAGGCAGGGUCUUCACCAAUGACCCAGUGCGAUUUGGGGACCUUAAAGAGAUGGUGGAGGAAUUUCACCAACGAGGCUUGAAGUACGUCCUCAUCCUGGAUCCUGGGAUCAGCACCACCAGUCCUCCGGGAACGUACCCUCCCUUCGAGGAUGGCAUCAAACGAGAUGUAUUCAUCAAAAAUGCCAGUGGUCAACUCCUAAUCGGCAAGGUCUGGCCGGGUGCGACGGCCUUCCCCGACUUUACCAACCUGGAGACUAGACAGUGGUGGGAGGACUGUAUUGUGGAUUUUUAUUCCAAAGUACCAGUGGAUGGAUUAUGGAUCGACAUGAACGAACCAGUCAGUUUUGUGUCGGGUUCACUGGAGGGUUGUCCUGAGACGGAGCUUGAGAAGCCACCAUACACGCCCAGGGUGGUCGGAGGCCUCUUGAGCUCUUUCACUCUCUGCAUGUCGGCUCGGCAAAACGCGUCCACUCACUACAACCUGCACAACAUGUAUGGACUGACUGAAGCGUUUGCCACUCACAGCGCUCUAGUGAAAGCACGCGGGAAGAGGCCGUUUGUCCUGUCUCGUUCUUCCUUCCCGAGCAUCGGCCGCUUCUCCGGAGUGUGGACGGGAGAUGUGAGGAGCAACUGGGAGCAACUCGCAUACUCCAUCCCUUCCGUGCUGAAGUUGAGCCUCUUCGGGGUGCCCCUGGCGGGCGCAGACGUCUGUGGCUUCGGAGGUGACACUGCGGAGGAGUUGUGCGUGCGCUGGAUGCAGCUCGGGGCCUUCUAUCCGUUUAUGAGGAACCAUAACGAUCGGCCGUACGCUCCUCAGGAGCCUUUCGUCUUCGGGCAGAAGGCCCAGGCGGCCAUGCGGAGCGCGCUGAAUCUUCGUUAUUCUCUGCUACCCUUCCUCUACACGCUCUUCCAUCACGCACACAUCUCUGGGGACACGGUGGCCAGGCCUCUCUUCAUGGAGUUUCCCACCGACCCUCACUGUCAGACCAUAGACCGACAGUUCCUCUGGGGGAGUUGUCUUCUUCUCAGCCCCGUGUUGGAGGAGGGCGCAACGGAGGUGGCCGCCUAUCUGCCUCCCGGGACUUGGUACAACCUGCGCACUGGUCGGCUGGCAUACAGUACGGGCGAGUACCGGCUUCUACCUGCCCCCCUGGAUACCAUCAACAUCCACGUGAGGGAGGGCCACAUUGUCCCCCAGCAGGAGCCAGCUUUAACGACAACGGUCUCACGCAGGAAGCCUUUCUUCCUAACAGUGGCGCUGUCAGCAAAAGGCUCGGCCCAGGGCGACUUGUUCUGGGAUGAUGGCGACGACAUCGAUAGCUUUGAAAAAGGAAAUUACUCUUACGUGGUCUUCAGCGCCAGACAGUCACAGGUUGUGAGUGAGCCCAUCUGGCUAAAUGGAGCCCUGGAUGGUCUGGCGCUGGGAGGACUGCGGGUGUUUGGCGUGCCCUCAUCGCCCCGAUACGUGGUGGCCAACGGCAUCAGAGUGAGGGAUUUUAUGUAUGACCCUGACACAAAGGUUUUAAAAGUCGGCAGUUUGACCUUGCCCAUGUCAAAGAUGUUUGCGGUUCAGUGGGCACUGUGACGCGCCUGUUUUUUCUGCCACCGGAGAUGAGACAUAAUUUUUCUUGCAGGUAUUUUUCCUGCCGUCUUGUUUGAUUGUCACUGCUACACUGGAUCUUAAUGAUGCCCACUCUUUUCGGGGUGGUAAAUAUGAAUGUAUUUUUUUUUGUAUUUACCGUAUUGGCCCGAAUAUAAGACGAGUUUUUUUGGAUUGAAAUAAGACUGAAAAAGUGGGGGUCAUCUUAUAUUCGGGGUCUAGCCAUUAUACCCAUUUUCACUUGUGCGCAGCGGUAAGUUAAAGGCUGCUGGUAUCGACUGAGUACGUUGCUGUGAUCGUGUUGUCCGAUCGCGGUUUGCUUCGUGUGUAUGUUUGGUGUGUUGCAGAGUGUAUUUCAUUUAGGGUUAUUAUUAUUUUUUGCCAAUAAUUCAGUAAAGCAAUCAAAACUGAA